UGUGAGGGAGUUGCCAUGGGGAUGGGUGCAUUUUUGGCUCUUGUGUGCGUCAGGGAGCGUCCUGAGGGAAAGAUUCCACUGGGAGACCAUUGGUAGGUUGCGUUAGAAAUCCAGUUUUGUCUCAAAAGGUGGUCGGUCGAACGAGUGGCUCUGAAAACCUGUCGAUUUUUUUCCUUCUUGGGCUUCACCCUUCCUGGUGGACAUUGAACUCUGCGUUUUGAACCCGUCUUCAGCUUCAAACCUGGAAAUGUCACCCCACUGCAUGGAGGAAUUCUCAGGCUGCGGGUUCCGCCCUUUUGGAUCUUAUCCCUAUUUUGACGACUCCACACUUUUGGACCUGGGGAAUGGAAUGUAGGGCAGUUUUGGGAGUCGGGGCCCUUGGCUGUUCUUUCUUCCCCAGAGUGACUCACCGCUGUCCAGAAAGAUGGGCUUGAAUUCCUCAAAGACCCACCGGAAGGUGACUAAAGUCGCCCCUAUGCCGGUGAAAGAAGAGUGGCCGCAGCUCCCGGGCAUGGUGGCCGUCUACACAUUCCAGAGCCCUCAGACGGGGACAAGUCGAAACACAUUUUCCUCCUGGACGGAGAGGAAUCUGGCAUCAGACAGGCACCUUCCGCCCCUGAGAGAAAUGGGAGCAGGGGCAUAUCCCACAGUGCCGAGGUCCGUUCCGCUAGACCUGAAGAUGGAAGCGGGAGGAGAAAGCAUCAUCAAACAGCAUCCUCCCCGAAGACCCCAGAAGUUGGAGCCUUUCAUUCUUGCAAAGGACAUCCCUGCAGACAAGUUCUUAAGCCUGCCGUGUGGCGGAGCAGCAUACAAAGCAAAGGGGCAAGAUAAAGGAGGGAAAACUGUUCUGCAACCCGCUGGAAGACGGCAGUAUCUACUGAAGAUGAAGAUGCUGGAACAAAGGAAAGAGGCAGAACUGAAGAGAUGCUUGCAGCGGGAGGCAAGACUUAACAAGCCAAAAGCGAGGGAGCUCAGCAUCAGCGAAACUCUUGGGUGUGUGCCGGGAAAUAAUAGCUCCGAAGACGAGGAGCUUCUUGCCCUUGAGCGUGACCAGACAUUUGACGGAGACCAUGGCGAUCGGUGGAGCGGAGAAUUUCCAAAGGAGCUUGGACCUUCUGAACCCCAAGGACAGAGGGAUAAAGCGGAGACGUGGUUUCUAAAGCAGCAGGCAAGAAGGGAAUCUUUCUGGGAUGCAUCAAGCACGGACUCCGAGAACUGGGAAGGCGAUGGCGACUUGGGGAAACCUCGCCGGAGACCAGCCUUAGUGAGGACUAAGACGGAGAGGAUUGCUCUGUUCGACGAGUUUUUUGAUAGAGAGUUCUGAGCUAGAGAGUCACCCGAAAGCCCCCAGAGGGAAGGUCAGGUUGGUGAGGACAGAGCGAGCCUUCUAGCCAACAAGGAGAGACUGACACCGUCCCAUCUCACUUCUGCCAUGAACUCGCAAGCUUCUCUCUUGCUCUGCAAAAUGGGAGAUUUCAGCAACUUACCUUACAGGGUAGGUGUGUGAAGCGUUGGGCAUACUUGGAAGCGUUAUACC